AACGCACUUUUUAAGUUCCAUCGCUAUUGGGAAAACGGGCCCAACCCGCGAGACAACCAACCCGGUCUCCCCUACAUGCCAUCGGCGUCUGUUACGCGUGAAUGAUGUUAAAGCUUGGUGGGUUCUCCCGAAGCGCUGUAGGCUAAUUCGUGAUGUAAACGGAAGUCGGCUAACAAUAGUGGGUGGCUUCCAACAACCUGACAGCAGUCCUAGUCUGACACUUUAUUCAUUGAGCGUUGGGAUCCGUUGGGUUUGGUUCACUAUCACCGCCCGGAAGGUUGCAUUUGGAAAGCUGUCUCUGAAGUGUUUGGUCGGUUUAUGUGACUUUCUAAGUGACGUUGUCAUUGGAUUUUAAGCUCUUGUCAUCAGCAGCUCGAUAGCCAUUAAAGAGUGAAUCGUCUGACAUGCCGAAAAAUAAGAUGGACGGUUUCGGCUGGUGUUGGAUGGUCAUCUGUCUCCUACUGUGCACUCCCACUGAUAUCUUUGUUGUGGCUAGCCCAGAGGUGAACGAGACCCAGGAGUACGUACCGGUGAAUGUCUACCACGACACAGACGUCACCAGGAAAAAGAUUGUGACCGCCCAGUUUGAGUGCUACCAGAAAAUCAUGAAAGAUAACGACCACAACAAAAUAGGUUUCUUCUCUGAUGGUUUCUAUGCUGCAGGACCAGUGUGUAACCGGACUUGGGAUGGGUGGCUGUGCUGGGACGACACAGAGGCAGGCUUCACUUCAGAGCAGUACUGCCCUGACUACUUCCAGGACUUUGACCCCUCAGAAUUGGUGACAAAAAUAUGCAGUGACAACGGCCACUGGUUUCUGCAUCCCGAGAGCAACCGAACAUGGACCAACUACACACGAUGCAACGAGCAUACUAAUGAAGGCAGAAUGACUGCCAUGAAUUUAUUCUACUUGGCCCUCAUCGGUCAUGGCUUAUCACUGACAUCCCUAUUAAUUUCCCUGGGAAUAUUUUUCUAUUUCAAGAGUUUAAGUUGUCAGCGAAUCACUCUCCACAAAAACCUCUUCUUCUCCUUUGUAUUGAACUCGGUCAUUACCAUCAUCUGGCUGACCGCUGUGGCGAAUAACCAGGAGCUAGUACAAAGAAACCCUACAAGCUGUAAAGUGUCCCAGUUUAUCCAUCUUUAUCUUUUUGGUUGCAACUAUUUCUGGAUGCUUUGUGAAGGGAUAUACCUGCACACCCUCAUCGUUGUUGCUGUGUUUGCUGAGAAACAGCACUUGAUGUGGUACUAUCUUCUCGGCUGGGGCUUUCCUCUAAUUCCAGCAUCUAUACAUGCAAUCGCUCGCAGUUACUACUACAAUGACAAUUGUUGGAUAAGCUCCAACACUUCACUCCUCUACAUAAUCCAUGGGCCCAUCUGUGCUGCUCUGUUGGUGAACCUGUUCUUCCUGUUGAACAUUGUGCGUGUCCUGAUCACCAAGCUGAAGGUGACCCACCAGGCUGAGUCCAGUCUCUACAUGAAGGCGGUGCGCGCCACCUUGAUUCUGGUACCUCUCCUGGGGAUCCAGUACGUCCUGUUGCCCUACAAACCAGAGGGACGGGUCUCCUCUGAGAUCUACGACUACAUCAUGCACAUCUUAAUGCAUUAUCAGGGUCUGCUGGUAGCCACCAUCUUCUGCUUCUUCAACGGAGAGGUGCAAGGGGUUCUGAGGAGACAUUGGAACCAGUACCGUAUCCAGUUUGGAAGCACCUUCGCCCACUCAGAUGCCAUGCGGUCUGCCUCGUACACUGCUUCGUCCAUCACCGAGGUCCAGGGCUGCUACAGCAUCGACAGCCACACAGAACACUUGAACGGAAAGGGGGCCUGCCUUGACAUCGAGACCUCCAUCUUAAAAUCAGAGAACCCGUUCACCUGAGGAUAGGAUGACUCUUUUUCGGAAUGGUGGGGAAGGGGAGGCUGCAGUUUGUUACUAGGUUUCCUGGGUUAACCGAGGGAGGGGAGGAAGAAGGGAUAAACAACGGAAACGUUCGGACACUUGUAUACAUACGCACUGAACAAAACAAAUGUUUCUGCUACCUUCGAUUAACACAUUGAAAUGGGCACUUAAUCGUUUUAUCAGCUUAGUGAGAAUAACUUUUUGCCAACCUUUUUCAAGUAUCCAUGUAUGAAGCUUCCUUGCUGCUUUUCAGAGGAAGCCAAAUGUUUAUAUUCUGAUAAUUUAUCUUAAAGCAUUCAAAUGUUACGCAGUCCUUUUAACAUGACUGUACAUAAACAUUUAAAAAAGGAGGUUUGACAAUCCAAAUUAAGAUAUUAUCAGUUCAGAUAAAGCCUGGGUGUUUGCCUAAAAGUAUUAUUUGUGAUAUGCCAAGCCAAGAACCACCCUUGUCGGCUAUUUUUAUACACAACAAUCUAUGCCACUAAGAACUAGGCUCUCUGAGGCUAUUAUCUGUGUUUCUCUAGCUGAAUUUAAGCUCAAGUUAAGGGCAAAGUUACACAGAUAUACAGUACAGUCCCUAGUUGGUAGUUAAUAACUUUUGAAAAGGUACAUGCUUUACCAUUAUCAACUAUUGUCAUUUAUGCCAAUAUCUGUCCUGUACAACUGAAUGUUACUUCAAUUAUGAAGUUUGGUUCUGGCACUGUUUUAAAUCUAUGGAAUAAAUAUUUCUAGGUUAAACCUAACAUUCCCCUCAGUGGCAAACGGUAUGCCUAUAAAACAUUGUGUUCUCUAUUGGUCUGGCACAUACUGUAUGUUCAUAUAUUCUAAAUUCCAUAUAAUUGCCACUGUUCACUAUUGGAAUCAUUCAUGUGAAUUUCACUACUUUUUAAAUGAUUGUUUUCAUCCAAAUGCUGGAAACGACUCACAAUCAGAUUAUGUAAAGUAUGUGGACACCCCUUCAAAAUGAGUGGAUUUGGCUAUUUCAGCCACAGCUGUUGCUGACAGGUGUAUACAAUCGAGCAUACAACCAUGCAAUCUCCAUAGACAAACAUUGGCAGUAGAAUGGCUGAAGAACUCAGUGACUUACAGCGUCACACCGUCACAAGUUGCCACCUUUUCAAAAAGUCAGUUCGUCAAAUGUCUGCCCUGCUUGAGCUGCCCCGGUCAACUGUAAGUGCUGUUAUUGUGAAGUGGAAGUGUCUCGGAGCAACAGCGGCUCAGUCACGAAGUGGUAGGCCACACAAGCUCACAGAACGGGACUGCCGAGUGCUGAAGCUCUUUGUGAGUAAAAAUUGUCUGUCCUCGGCUGUAACACUCACAACCGAGUUCCAAACUACCUCUGGAAGCAAUGUCAGCACAAGAUCUGUUCGUCGGGAGCUUCGUGAAAUGAGUUUCUAUGGCUGAGCAGACGCAAACAAGCCUAAGAUCACCAUGUGCAAUGCCAAGCGUCAGCUGGAGUGGUGUAAAGCUCGCCACCAUUGGACACUGGAGCAGUGGAAACACGUUCCCUGGAGUGAUAAAUCACACUUCACCAUCUGGCAGUACGACGGACAAAUCUGGGUUUUGUGGAUGCCAGCAGAACGCCACCUGCCAGAAUGCAUAGUGCCAACUGUGAAGUUAGAUGGCGAAGGAACCAUGUUUUUCAUGGUUCGGGCGAGGCCCCUUAGUUCCAGUGAAGGGAAAUCUUAACACUACAGCAUACAAUGACAUUCUAGACAAAUCUGUGCUUCCUACUUUAUGUCAACAGCUUCGGGAAGGCCCUUUCCUGCUUCAACAUGACAAUGCCCCUGAGCACAAAGUCAUACAGAAAAGGUUUAUCGAGAUCAAUGUGGAAGAACUUGACUGGCCUGCACCUUGCCCUGACUUCAACCGCAUUGAACACCUUUGGGAUGAAUUGGAACGCCAACUUCGAGCCAGGCCUAAUCGCCCAACAUCCGUGCCCAACCUCACUAAUGCUCUUGUGGCUGAAUGGGAGCAAGUCCCCACAGCAAUGUUCCAACAUCUAGUGGUAAGCCUUCCCAGGAGAGUGCAGGGUGGACCAGCUACAUAUUAAUGCCCAUGAUUUUGGAAUGAGAUGUUUGACAAGCAGGGGUCCACAUAUUUGUGUAUGUUGUAAAUCUUGCAGUGCAGAAAUGCAAUUAAGGUGAGUGCUUUAUGUACAUAUACUGUAUAUAUUUACGCUGUAUUUACGGGUGUAUACGAGGCAUUCAACUAUGAAGCAGCUGUCAUAUAGAAGUGUGUGGGAGGUUGUCAGCAGGAAGUUGUUUUUUACAAUUUUGAUGCUUUUACUGAUCAUUAGCCAUCGGACUGACAUUCAAAUGAAUUGUCUCUGCCAUUUCUGCUAGCUUUCCACAAGGGUACAAACAAAGCCAUUCCUCAAUUUUGCAAUUGCACUCUGAUAGAGGGUGAAUGAUGCCUGAAUUGCAUCUGUAAAUUCCUAACAAGGAAAGUUGUUUUGGCCGUCCCAGGCAUCUACCACUUGAACAUUAUAAUCAUAAUCAUACAGUGACCGUUUGUAACUAAACAGAUACUAUUACACAGCACAAGUGUGUGUGUGUGUGUGUGUGUGUGUGUGUGUGUGUGUGUGUGUGUGUGUGUGUGUGUGUGUGUGUGUGUGUGUGUGUGUGUGUGUGUGUGUGUGUGUGUGUGUGUGUGUGUGUGUGUGUGUGUGUGUGUGUGUGUGUGUGUGUGUGUGUGUGUGUGUGUGUAGUGUGGCAUGGAGACAAGAAGAGAUGUCGAUACCAACUCUCAGAUACAUCUCUAUAUUAGCUGCCAGUACUUCUGGCAAGUAAAUUCCAUGUAUCCUGUUUCGUAACAUUUGUUAGAAUGUGACGUGGACUGCAGGACAGUUUCUUAUUAAAGAACUUAAUGAUAUCUUAAAACUGUAUUCAGAGGUGUUUUCAUAUUAGACGACUUUGACAUUUGAAGUAGCACUUACUACAAAGAAAAGUAUUUUCAAGGAUAAUGUCUGUAUUGUAUGUUAAAAAUGUACUGUGUAUAUAUAUUUGGAAGUCUACACACCCUGACUCCACUUGACUUGUAUGGGUGUAAUUUGUAUGUGUUUAUUCUUUGGAUGUGAAAAUAUAUAUUUGUGAAACAUUUAUUUUUCUUUGUUAUUUUUUAUAUUCUCUAUUUCAACGGAAAAAAGAAAAUACACUGACGUUUUUAAAUUUAAUAGGAAAGUCACGUAAUGUCAGGGUAUUGUGACGUGGAAUCUACGUGAAAAAUACAUUGGAUUUUAAAAAAUGUAUCAAUGUUAACUAAUGUUUUGACAUUUGAACAUAGACAAACCCUGUAUAAAAUAUGUUGAAUUUGUAUCUUUAAAACAAUGUCAAAUUUUCAAUGUUUUAUCCACUAUCAGAAAAAGAAAGGGUUGGGUAGCAUUGUUGGGCACUAUUCAAACCAAUGAGGGUUCUGAACUUUAAAGCCAUUUGUCUCAGAAUCAUCUUAAUAUCCUAAACUCUCGAAGUAUCAAUGUUUUGAAGGAGAGGUAUCUUCUGCUUGGAUAGUUCCAACUGUUCCACUGACGUCGUCUGUCUUUAAUUCCAGUUUGACUACAAAUGAAUAAUUCAUUUGUUGGAUUCACGUCUCCAUCUCAACAAAAAAUGUAAGUAAAUGAAUAGGACUAAAUCAAAUUCAACUUUAUUUAAAGUUCAUUUAAAGUUUGAUUUGAUUUAGUCCUAUUCUUUAACUUAGUUGUUUGUUUCAGAUGGAUUAUUCUUAUAAUAAUCCUGUCAUGACCACACUGUUUAUGAGUUCCCUAUAGAUUGUUUUAGAAACCAACAAAAAAGCUGAAAAAUUCACUUAACAGAUGGGUGUUCAUGGGAAAUUGAAAUUAAAUUACUGUUUGGGUUUUUAAGCUGGGUUUCUGUAUAGCACUUUUUGUCAUCGGCUGAUGUAAAAAGGGCUUCAUAAAUACAUUUGAUUGAUUGACUCUA